CCACCUAUGGUAUCAGAUCACAUAGAUCUAGAUUAAAACGGUUAGUAACAAGCGACACUACCUAGUUUAUAAACCCCUCGUUUGGGUCCCCGAGGGGUACAAGAAUAUUAGCUACGAAAUUGUUUAAUGAUUGACAUAGGUACAUGGCGUAUACGGCUAUUAUCGCGCUGCAGCAAACAAAUGAGUGCAGGAGUACUGUUGAUUCGUCGUUAGAACCUCUUUGUCUUGCUUGAAACCACUAGGGAUCCUAGGUAACCAACCCCUUCGGAUCUAAGAGGUACCUAAGGGAAACAUGUUCAGGUCCGUAGUGUGUAACUUGGACUCCCCCUUCAAUAUUCCACGCCAAACUCCUAAGCUCAGCUAGCUGAAAUAUGGUCUAUUCCCAUACAAUACACGUACACGAUGCCUCCUGAAAACCACGCCGCGUAUCUCGUGAACUCACGCGCCAGACCACUUGAAGUUAAAUCUGCACCGUAUACGGCCCCCGGGCCUGACGAGAUUGUUGUCAAGAACGGUGCUAUUGCCGUCAAUCCAAUAGACUACGGCAAGCAGUGCGGUGGUGACCACCUGUUCGGCUGGCUUAAAUACCCGAUAGUCCUCGGAAGCGAUGUAGCUGGCGAGGUCGUUGAGGUUGGAACGGGGGGCAAGGCAGCCCAGCUGUUUAAACUCGGCGACCGAGUCGUAGGCCAUGCUGUUGGCCUCGAUAAACGAUCAUCUAAACCAUCAGAAGGCGCAUUCCAAGAAUACACCGUACUCCGGAGCCAUUUAGCUGCAAAGAUUCCGGACGAUCUAUCAUACGAGAAGGCCUGUGUCCUACCCAUGGGCAUUUCCACAGCCUCCUGUGGCCUUUUCAUGAAGGAUUACGCCGCACUGAGAUACCCUACAUCGUCGUAUGAAUACCCUAGCGACCAGACGCCGCCAACUGCAUUCAUCGUAUGGGGUGGCUCGACCAGCGUUGGCACCAACGCUAUCCAGCUCGCAAAGGCCGCUGGAUACGAGGUCCUCACAACAGCGUCACCUAAAAACUUUGAGUAUGUGAGUGAACUAGGAGCAUCACAGGUCUUCGACUACAACGACCCAAACACUCCCAGUGCUAUGAUAGCUGCGCUAAAGAAUAAGAAUUGUGCAGGUGCCAUCGCUAUCGGUAAGGGGUCGCUUGAGGCCUGUAUCGACAUCGUGGCCGCGGUCCCCGGCCGCAAGUUCGUUGCGCAAGCAAGCAUUCCUCUCGAUGCGGCGAAGGUACCGGGGAAUAUCGCGGGCCUAGUUGGUGUCAUGACGGGUUAUAUAUGGUGGAACGUCUCCAGGACUUUCCACGCAAAGAUAAAGGGUGUGUCGGUGAAGUUUAUCUGGGGCACCGACCUUAUGGCAAAUGAAGUCGGCGGGAUGAUCUACAAUGACUUUUUGCCUGUUGCGCUUGCCAGUGGGCAAUACAAGGCAAAGCCGGAGCCGCAGGUUGUAGGAAAGGGCUUGGAACAUAUUCAGGAUGCGUUGGAUAUAAAUAUGAGAGGUGUUUCGGCUGCGAAAGUUGUAGUUACUAUAUGAAGGCGGAUUGUGAUAUUGGACUCGCGAUAUAUUGUGUAAUAGUCAUCUGAUUGACUGUAUUAACGGGGUGGCUAAAGUGAUACACCCACUGGCUCGAGUGUGUGUACAUUCGUGGAUUGGUGUUAGAUAAAUUGAU